AGUAGCUCUUUGAUGAAUGACGUAAUGCCCGUUGAAUGGUGUCCGUGAAGGGGAGAAAAAUGAGCCCGGAGAGGUUGCUGCAGUCCGCCUCGGACUAUCUUGCACAGAGGCAUGUCCCGACUUACAUGGAAGAUGCCCUCACCCAGCUUAUAGAGCACAAAGAUGACACUGAGCACAGUGACGUUGCCAGAUUUUUCGCUGACUAUUUCACCAGUGUAUCUCAGGGCACCCAUGUCCUUUUCAGAGAAUACUCCUUCGUGCAGUGCACCCCUCAUAACCGGACGUCCUUCCUACGACUCUUCUGGAGAUGCUUCAGGACAAUUGCUAAGAAUGGAGAUCUCCUGACCAUGAAGGAAUAUCAUUGUCUGCUGCAGAUGUUGUGCCCAGACUUCCCCAAGGACCUGACACAGAAAGCUGCAAGGAUUGUACUGAUGGACGAUGCAAUGGACUGUCUAAUGUCAUUCUCCGAUUUCCUCUAUGCCUUCCAGAUCCAGUUUUAUUACUCUGAGUUUUUGGACAGUGCUGCUGCAGUUUAUCAGGAUUUGCUCACUGGCAAAACCUCAAAUACCGUCAUAGUCCCAACAUCACGUUCUGCUGCACCACGCCAACGCCAGCCUGCCACUGACAGUGCAUCUCUAGAGGGCAUUGAGGCACCACACUUUUACCAGUGCUUGGAGAACUUAUGUGAACGGCUUAGAAACAGUACCUGCCCUCCUGUACUAUUAAUCGGGGAGAUAGUAAGCAGCGCACCAAGGCUUACUUUUUUUGGAUUUCUGAUGGCGCUGGCAAAGCAUGCUGGGAUUAACCAAAGCAUUGGGGCUUUGCCUGAUAAAGCUGAUUUGUUAGUUGAUGAAGCUCUGGAUAAUGAACUUGGGAAAAUUGUUGCCCAGUUGUCGGCUUGCUCCAUAACACAGACCCUUGCACCCUGCCCACUUCCCCCGCGAGAGAUCAUCCGUGUGGCCUCCCCAAAGAAGACUUUACCCAGCCGCAGACGCCCGGACCUGGAGAGUGAUGGCUCCACCGAGGAGACCGACUCCUCUGAGAAUUAGAACCUGGGAUUUGCUCCGGGUCUGCUCUUCUAGCUCCGCCCGUCCCC